AUGGGAAAGAUUCAGUUAAGAGAUUUUAAAAUAGUGUUCAAUUCCAAGAAUGGUAAGACAAUACCAUCGAGUUUUACGGGGAUACAGGGAUCUGUUAAGUACUGGAUUGAAGCUGAGAUAGACAAGUCAUCCAGCUUAUUCUCGCCCAAUCAUAAAACUAAGGCUGAGUUUAUAGUGGAGGCGCCCAUUAUUGUGCAAAAUCCUAUGUCACCCCUGAAAAUAAGUGGUCAAAAGAAUAAUGACAUCAAAAUGGAUGCCAUGAUUACAAAAAGAACAUUUCAUCCAGGUGAAUUAAUAAGCUGUGAGUGCGUUAUUGUCAAUAAGUUAUCGACAAGUGUUAGGCCGCGAGUGACUCUCAAACAAACGCAAACUUUUAGUGUUAGAGACAACCAUAACACUAAAAUACAGGUAACAAACAAAUGUGUCAUAAUCAAGGGGUUGUUGGUUGGACCGGGAGUCACUGAUAUGCAAACACUUCUGAUGCCAAUUCCUGCUGACAUUCAACUGUCUAUUGAUUGUCCCAUAAUAUCGGUCUCAUAUGAGUUGCAUCUGACGGCUGACAUCCCAUUAGCCCGCGAUUUACACAUCGAUUUACCCAUAAAUAUCACUAAAUUUCAAUUAUAUGAAUACAGAUGUUUGAUUCAGAAAACCCUACCUAUGGUUUGGGAAGUAAUAUUACGGGAAGUGUUUGAUUCAGAAAACCCUACCUAUGGUUUGGGAAGUAAUAUUACGGGAAGGUGUGUGAUAGCACUGGACGGCACCCUUCACCUAUCAAAG